GCCAUGGCGAGUCCCGGGCGCCGCGCCUGCCUGCUCCCGCCGCCGCCGCUGCUGCUGCCGCUGCUGCUGCUGCUCUGCGCGGGCCCGGAGCGCGGCGGCGCGCUGCACACCAAGGGCGCGCUGCCCCUGGACGCCGUCACCUUCUACAAGGUGAUCCCGAAGCACAAGCAUGUCCUGGUGAAAUUUGACACCCAGUAUCCUUACGGGGAGAAGCAGGAUGAGUUCAAGAAGGUGGCCGAGAAUUCAGAGUCCAGCAGUGACUUGCUGGUUGCUGAAGUGGGAAUCUCAGAUUAUGGUGACAAGCAGAACAUGGAGUUGGGGGAAAAAUACAAACUGGAUAAAGAUUCUUAUCCGGUUUUUUACUUGUUCCAAGAUGGCGACCUGGAGAACCCCUUGCCUUAUAAUGGGCAAGUCAAGGCCAGCGCUCUGCAGCGCUGGCUGAAACUCCGAGGGAUCUAUAUGGGGAUGCCGGGUUGCCUGAAAGUGUUUGACGCCUUGGCCAGCAAAUUUGUAAAUGCUGCCCAAGAACCUGAGCGUCAGGGUCUCCUGGAAGAAGGGCAGGAGCAUUUGGCCAAGGCCAAAGAAAGCGAGCGGAAAUCCGCCGAGCAGUACCUCAAAAUCAUGGGCAAAAUACUCGCCCAGGGGGACCAGUUCACUGCCAACGAGAUCUCCCGGAUCACCAAGCUCAUCGAAGAGAACAAGAUGAGUGAUGGGAAGAAGGAGGAACUCUCCAAGCGCUUAAACAUCCUGUCUUCCUUCCAGAAGAAGUCGAAAAAUGAGAAGGAAGAACUUUGACCGGGCAGGUGACGAUGGUGUAAAGUGAUGGCGAGGUCCCAAGCUGGUGCUCCUUUAAGCAGGCAAAAACAUCCCCUUGCUGCUCCAGAGAGGCUUCAGAAGCCCUUUCAAUACCUUAAGGACAGCCCUCGCCCGCCACUGCUCGGGACAGACACACGGAACCCGGGCAGGUGGGCCUUUCAGAGACGUCCGUCAGGUCUAGUAACAGGGCAUUGGCUGGGCGGUUUUCAAGAUGGCCUCAUUUGGGACUUGACCUAACUUGCCCCAGGUGGGAUUGUCUGUCUUGGAACCUUAGCAAGCUAAUUUGGCUGGGCUGGAUCCUCCUCUCCCCCCAAAGUCUUGGCCACCCAGAUGUUGUGUGGUCUGUUUGGAGGAAUCGGAGCAUCUGAGAAACUGGGUUAGGACUCCGGGUUGUUUUUGUGUGCGUGUUGCGGAGCACCGUUUGGUCCAAGUGAGAUGCGUUAGAGAAGGCGAAGCCAAAGCCACGCCCGUCUCUUACCAACCAGUAUUCACAGUAAUUGGUUUUGUGGAAAACAAUUAUAAGGAAACUUAAUUUGUUAAUAAAGGUUACUGGGGAAAAAACA